GUGUUUUCCUCACUGACCAAAGCAAGGACGUGUGUAAACGUCACGCGUUGUUUUUCUCUCUUAUAGUUCAGUCAUUCUGUAAGCGCUGUUAUUUUGUAGCGAACCAGCGCCAGGCGCACAAUUACACAACGGAACUGUUCGGCUGUAGGUUCGUUUGAUUUUUGUUGCUGGGGAAAACAAGUUACAAGUUGAAAGUAAGUCGAAAUAUUUUGAAGCGCUAGGAUGGCGAGUCCGCCACUAACUGGAGGGACUUCGUUAUCCAACGUCAACAUGUUUUCAAACAACGUCAAGAAAAGUGGAUAUCUUAAAAAACAGAAGCAUGGACACCGGAGAUUUUUUGUUUUGAAAGAGCAAAGCGAUUGCUUGCCAGCGAGGUUGGAGUAUUAUGAAAGCGAGAAGAAAUGGAAAAACAAAUCAGCUGCGAAAAGAGUCAUCUUUCUGGACUCCUGUUUGAGCAUAAACAAACGCGCAGACGCAAAAAACAGGCACCUGAUAGCUCUCUAUACCAAGGACGAAUAUUUUGCCGUAGCUGCUGAAAACGAAAACGAGCAGGAAAGCUGGUACAGAGACCUCACCGAUUUAAUGACUGAGGGGAAAGUGUGUGACAGCGGAGUCACCAACUCUGCGUCCUCUUUAGUGGGUUUUGACGAAGGUAAUUACGGUAUGAUUACUCCAGUAAACGCUGCUUACAAAGAGGUAUGGCAAGUGAAUUUAAAGUCCAAAGGACUUGGACAGACUAGAAACAUCACGGGAGUUUACAGGUUGUGUUUAUCAAGUCGUUCAAUUAGCUUUGUGAAACUUAACACUGAAGUUCCAUCUGUCAGCCUGCAGCUCAUGAACAUAAGACGAUGUGGUCAUUCUGACAGCUUUUUUUUCAUUGAGGUGGGCAGAUCAGCCUCUACAGGACCCGGGGAGCUUUGGAUGCAGGCAGAUGAUUCUGUAGUGGCACAAAACAUACAUGAAACAAUUUUAGAGGCUAUGAAAGCAAUGAAAGAGUCGUCAGAGUUCAGACCACGUAGCAAAAGCCAGUCUUCAGGCUCCAACCCUAUAUCUGUACCCACCCGACGGAACUUGCACAAUUUGCCUCCCAGUCAGACAGGGUUGGUAAGGAGGUCAAGGACAGACAUCGUGGCACCCACAUCGCCUUUCAACAAGUUUACAUCUUGCCGGAUACGCACAGCAAGUGAGGGUGAAGGCACCAUGGCAAGGCCAGUAUCCAUGUCUCUAUCAGAAAAUGGAAGCCCCACUGUGCGAAACCACAUGAGCAGGUCCAACACGGUUUCUGUGGGAUGCCGUACUUUUGAAGCAUCGCUUCUACAUCACAACCGAUCCAUGUCUAUGUCUGUGCCUGUAUCUCAUUCACCCCCAUCUCCGAUAAGCCCACUGAGCCUUUCGUCUACUAGCAUGAAUGGUUCUACCUCCACCUCAGCAGUACAGAAGCCUUCAAGUUGCAGUGGCUCUGUCUCUGGGUCACCUAGUGACACUGGCUUCCUCUCAUGUGAUGAUUACGGGUCCAGCCCAGGAGAUGCAAAAUACAACACAUCCAACCGGAGCAAUACACCUUCAUCCUUUUCUGGGACACCGCCUUCCCGUGAAAGCACAGAUCUCCAUGGUUACAUGAUGAUGGACAGUCCAUCAAGCUACUCAAAUAAGAUACAGGUAUGCAGAGAGAAGCUAGAAUUUGAGAAGUUAUACAGGAAGAGAACAUACUCGCUAACUGCACCACAACAACCUAGGACCCCCUCUCAUCAAUCUUCGGCCUCACUUGAUGAAUAUAUGUUGAUGUGGGCAGUGCAUGCUAAUGGCCAUUCUGGGCAGAGCACACACUCUGUUUCCCCAAAGGUUUCAUACCCUGAGGAUUAUGGGGACCUUGAAAUUGGCUCCAGCAGGAGUUCUGUUAGUAACCAAGGUGAUGAUGGCUACAUGCCCAUGACACCAGGUGUGGGACUACAAGGCAGCAAAAAUGACAACUAUGUGCCCAUGAGCCCCAUGUGUGUCUCUGCCCCCAAGCAGAUCAUCAAUCCCAGGUCCCACCCACAGGCUGCAGGUAGUCAUGGCACAACCAGUUCUCCCGGCACUGGUUCACUAGACGAUAAUGGUUACAUGAGGAUGUGGUCUGGCUCCAAAUCCUCAUUGGAGACCACAGAUGCCAAAGUGGCUAAUGGGGAAUAUAUGAACAUGUCGCCUGUCGAUCCGUGUGUCUCAGCAACUCCACCAGAUUAUUUCCAUGGAGGGUGUACGCCUGCACAGCGACACACAUUUUUGCUAAAUUCUAAUAAACAUGAAGGUUCUAAAAAAGGAGAAGACCAGUAUGUUGUAAUGUACAAUCAGGGGCGUAAAAGAGGAGAGGAGACAAACUGCAAUGCCAUGUCUAUGACAAGUCCUGGGCUAUCCUUGCCCAGCCCCUCCAUGUUUCUCCCACUCAGGCAUAGUCGGAACGACGGACUGUUGCACAGAGCACGUGUCAGCAGACAGAACAGAUUAUCUCUGGAUACUCUAAGGAUGCUCCCAAGAAUGAAUGAACAUCCACUCCCCAGUGAGCCAAAAAGCCCAGGGGAGUAUAUAAAUAUAGACUUUAGUGACUCUCCACAGUACUCUUUACCCUCUGGAUCAGUAGAAAGCCAAGCUUCAUCCCCCAGCCUUGGCAGUGUAAGAAGAUCCCCACUUUGUGACUAUAUGAACCUUGAAUUAAACUCACAUUCACCCAAAACAGAAACCUCUGCUAGUGCUCUACAUAAAAUCCCAGAGCUCACCAACUGUCCAUCUGAUGGGGGAACAUAUGUCUCUGAUGAGCAGAUCUCCUCUUCUUCAUCUGGCUUGAGGAACGAUGAUUAUGCUGAGAUGAAGUUUGAUGAAUCAUGCGUGUCACCCUCCAUCACCACUGAGAACAGGGAAACCGAUAUGGCUAGCCCAACUAAUAGGGUACAGAGGCUUACUCUUAGUGACGACAACAUGCCAGGAAUAGGGUCAUUCCUAUUACCCCACACUACAAUCGACCCUGAUGGCGAGGCAAAAGUUAUCCGAGCUGACCCACGCGGUAGAAGACGGCACAGCUCAGAGACCUUCUCGUCCACCACCACUGUAAUGCCAGUGUUUCCCUCUUUCGCCCACAAGUCCAAGCGAAAUAAUUCUGCCUCUGUUGAGAAUGUGUCUGUCCGGAGCAGCGAGGGUUCUGAUGAGGAGUACGGAAGCCCCAUGUGCAAAGAGACUUCUGCUGGGUUCCAGCAUGGGCUCAAUUAUAUAGCUUUAAACCUCAUGGAAAAUAGAGAGUUUGGGAAUUGUGAAAAUAUGAUGGGAUUCAAGACUAUCGGUUGUUGCAAAGGAGGAAUAAAUGGUCUACACGACAGUCCAUAUGUUUCACUGGGUUUCAAGGAGACAGUGACCACUGUGAAAGAUUGAUCAUCUCUUGGAUCACUGUGGUAGUGUAGGCCUAUGACCAGAGGUGGCCUCUGCCGCAGCUGAAUUUUGCUGCUGUUGAUGAACCUUGACCUUCGACCCUCACUCUGCAUUCCUGACAGAAUAAAUGUUGAUCCUGUCCAGGCUGGACACUUUAAAUGUGGCCCUCUCUGCAAGCAUGGAAACCACAAUCUGCUCUGUUCUUCAGGAACUGCAAAUUGCUGCUCUGUAGGUGACAACAGUCACAAACUUGUGUUAUGUAUGUAUGUUGUAUCAGUUAUUUUUUAUUGUUGUUAACACUUUAUUUGGUUGGACUUUGAGGAAUUAAUAGAAAUACAGCCACACCUCAUCAACUUACCCUGCAAAAGCAAAAACCAUAACCAGAAUGUCUACUAUUUACCUUACCAUACACAUGAACCUCAACAAAGGUACAUAUUUAAUGAUUUAUUUAUUUCUAGUUUAACUACUAAUGUUCAUGACCUUUUCUGAUUAGCGACAAAGACCCAGGAGAUGGCUACAUGCCCUACCUCAGGAAGAGAGUCUUUUGGGGGUGUACAAAAGUCAGACAUAAUGCUGAUUUAUGUUUUUAUCAUUAUUUUUCUUUACAUUUCCAGUCCAAAGCCUUACUGUUUCACUGAUAUAGAAUUUGCUGGUAUAUACUAAUUAGGACCUAUGUAAUAAGACAGAUCUAAAAAUACAAAAUAUAUCGAACAUAUUUUUUUAUAGAUGCUUAUUUAAUCUCACCUUGAAAUGUUUAUAUGAAAGAGGCCACUUAAUAAUAAUAUAAUUUGGAAAUGUGUCUGAAAUAUGCAAGUUGAAUCACUAAAUCAUGUGGUUGUUGCACACGACGAUUACCUACCUUCAUAAAGAUUAAUGCAGGAAUAAGUAUUAUUUUUAUGAUAUUCUCUCUCUCUCUCUCUCUCUCUCUCUCUCUCUCUCUCUCUCUCUCUCUCUCUCUCUCUCACACACACACACACACACACGCAUAUAUCAUUAUAUAUAAUGUAUAGAUUGGUAUAGAGAUGGAGAUGCACCCUAUUAAAAUGUCUCCCUUUUUGGACACUGCACCAGAACUAGAUUCACUGUAUACCUAGUGAUGGUGAACAUGGUUGUGUUUUUAUUUAUUGACCUGACUAAGUGGUGAAGUACACAGUGUACUUAGUAACUGGUAGAAACACAGGCACUUCACAGUGGGUUGCCAGUUGUUGACAGCCGACCUUGAUGGCAAGCAGCUCCAGAUUGUAAUACAUGACACUUUUGAAUGUAGUGCAUGUAACUCGUUUAAAAUGUGAGAGGGAGAAAUAAACCAAAAUAACUGUAGAAUUCCUUGUUUCUUUACCCCUGUUUAAUUUUGCAAACUAUACACAAAGUACAUACAUAAACAAAUUAGACACAGUUUGCUAAAGAAUCUCUUCUGUCUCAAAAGGAUCAAGAGCUAAUCUCUAAAAUCAAAAUAACACAGAAAACAUGUAUAAAAUGUCUAACAGUUUGCACAGAUGAAGUGCGUAUUCUGUUGCUUAAUAUAUAACAUGCUGUAGUUUUUUUUAAAUAUAGGACUUCAUCAAAAGACACACAGAAAGGCACUUUAUUACAUAAUACUUUAAAACAGCUACUUGAUUCUAGCGCAAAUCCUUUUCUGUACCAUCUGUUCACCCUCUUUUUAUGCAAUAUUUACAAAUGAAAAAGCAAAAUUAGUUUACAAAGAGGAACCAAAUGUGUAAAGAUUCUUAAUGUAUUUGUCAAAAAGAUUUUACACAGAGAUUGACUAUAUUCUGUUUGUACAUCUUAUUUCUGCCUCCUUUAAUGAACUUAACAUUUAACAGUAUUCCUGGAGUAUAAUAUAGUAAAACAUUGAUUGAACUUGCUGUGUCUUCCAUUGUCCAAAUGUCAUACUCUAUUUGUUGUGAUGUUCUAAUGCUAUUAAAUGAUAUUUAAACUAUCUUAGUAGAAUAUAUAUUUUAUUUGUGUUCAUAAAGGAUAGGCACAUGCAAUAACUAAAUAAAUAUUGUCAUUUAAGUCAAA